AUGUCCGCUUCACCAGUAGCCUCGCCAGCACCGGCCAGGGUCGCCGAGCCCGUGUCUGCCAAGUCGCCCGUUCCCGAGGUAGUGGCCAAGGCCAAGUCUCCCUCCCCCACCCCCGCGCCCGAGACGCCUGCACCAGUCGCUGCCGAGGUGCCCGCCGCAGCCGGUACACCUGCUACCGAGGCCAAGGUCGCCGAGACCAGCGCUGCCGAGCCCCUGCCCGAGGCAGAGGAGGAGCCGCUCCCGGAAGACCCCGAGGGCAUUAUCAACAUGGAGAUCUUCUCGCAGAUCCAGGACAUGGACGACGACGACGACGAUGAGGAAGGCGGCGGCCACGAGUUCUCCAAGGGUAUUGUGUGGGGAUACUUUGAGCAGGCCGAGAACACGUUCAAGCAGAUGGAGGAGGCCAUUGCCGAGCCGUCGCUCUCGAAACUGUCGUCGCUAGGACACUUUCUCAAGGGCUCGAGCGCCGCCCUGGGAAUCGUCAAGGUGCAAGACUCGUGUGAGAAGAUGCAGCACUACGGCAACCUGCGCGACGAAGAGGUCGGAGCAGCCCUCAAGGAGGACGAGGCGUUGAAGCGCAUCAAGCAGCUCCUCGUCGACUGUAAGCGCGACUACGCCGUGGCGUCACGCUGGCUCAGGAGGCUGUACGGCGACGACGAGUAG